CGCUGACUGCGUUGUGUUUUCUUGCUCGCUGACCACGGCAUGGCACAAUGCAUGCCAGCUCUGCAAAACAAGGGGGUCGAAAUAGCCACUCAAAGAAUGGCUUUGACGUGAUCCAAGACCACGUUCGCCAGUCAAACAACCGAUUGCUUCGAGCGAGAAUGAACGCUAAGAAGGCCACGCACGACGCCUCGACCGACAAAUCGGAUGAAACGCAGUGCAACGACAAUGCUGCGAUUGCCGCCUUGGGUUGCUACUUGGACAAGAAGGCCAAAGACGUGUACGAUGCUGCCCCCGAAUACCCCCCGAUUCGAUCGCCCCAUCCCCGCAACACAUCGCACGCCGUCUUUGGGUUGGCUGUAAAAUUGACCAACAUCACCAAGUUUCGAGCGCAUAAGCGACGCAGCGGACUCAAGAUCAAGCGCACAGGGACCCAACAAUCCGAUAAACUAGCCAAGAAGGACGGCAAAAGCUACCGCGACAUUCAAACCGCAGCCAUGAUGCACCGCCAAAAGCACGGCAAUCCACUCGACAUGAGCGAGAAAGUGCUCACUGCGUUCCGCGCAGUUGCGCACUUGUGGCUCCAGCGAAAGCAGCGCCGCGACCAAGCGCUGAAAGAUAACGUCACGUCCAGACUUGUCAUGCGCCACAGCAAAAUGUCGGCCAUGUCUGACAACGUGUUUGACAUCGUUAGCAAGAACUUUGUCACGGCGGUGCCAGCCCUCCAAUUCUUCGACGACAGCGAUGCCGUGGAAGUGCCCAAGCCUGUUGUAUCGAGGCUGCCGUCUGCACCCGUUCACCGACCGCACACAUCUCGCCCAGCUCAGCCUUCCCGGCCGCCGUCGCCUCAAGCAACGCCCCCCCCUUGCCCCGCCACCAGCCGCGCAACACCAUCGACGCCUCCAGCGACCACAAUAUCUACCCCCAGAGGCAUCUGCUACACGAUAAACGACGAUGGCCAACGCCUUUGUAAAACGGAACACAACAUGAGUGACCUCGAGCUAGAUCGAACGGCCAGAGGUCGAUUCAACGACAAAGUGACGUCGGUGGAAGACGCGAUGUUGCUCAACAUGAACAAACGGCUGAAAAUACGCAUGGGGCUGAAGAAGAGCCGCCUGCAGGACAUUUCGACGGCGUUCAAUUUGCACCAAAAGCAACUCACCGAAACGUUGGUCGCCACAUUAGCAAUGCACUGGGCCGAGCAAGAAGACAUGCACGUCAAGAAAUUGUCUGUCGUGUGCCUCAACGACACCAACAUGCCGUCGUUCCGCAUCGACAAGGAAGUGCAUUUGAGCCACCUGCGGCACCAAAAGUGGCGACUCUACGAAAUGUGCAAGUUGGUCAGUUUGUUUGGGGCGAUGCUCAAGGCAGCGGAAGACACGCCAGGAGACAUGACCCGGUCAGCGAUGCGCGUGUUAUCACUGUUUCGUAUCCUCAUUGAAGACCAUUCGACCCUGACGCCGAUCGUGCUCAAGAGCAUCGUCGCCCAGCUGACCCCAGCGGAUUUGCAAUGCCCGCGUGUCGAGGUGCUGUUAAACGUCGUGCACAAGCGACUAACAACUUGGCGGCGAGACGACGAACCUGCCAUCAUACGUUCCCCACUUGUAAAAGCUCAAACUUAUUAACACAAUGCGGAUGGUUUUGCCGUGACGAUGGCCGAUAUGGGCUGAUUGGGGGUCUUGUGCGUCGUACAACUCUGUCGAGAUCUCGUCAUGUAAAUGACGGCGGUAAUCGCUGCGAUCGCAGUGGCCAUGGCGCUGACUAUCGCAAUCCAAGUGAUCCAGGUCGUACGGCGCGCAGAGUCCAGCGCCGCUUCGGCAAACGUCACGGGAGGAGAAAAGUCGACGUACUGACCAACACAGUCGUCAGGGUUGGUGCGCGUUUGCCUGGUAUAGCUAGGGAUCGAAAUCACAAUCAAUGCAUCUGUUUUUUAGCCUGAAAGAAGGAGUACCGCUUGGCGAGGGGGGUCGUGGUGACGCUGUCGCAGCUCAACUGGCGAAGCGCUGGAUCCCACCGAGCAACCAUGUCGAACACCCCUGCUGACCGAUCCGUGAGCGUGCCUUCGACCACAACCCGAUACGCAUGUUCGUCCCAUUCAUUCAUGUCCUUCCACAUGACCACUGCGCUGCCACAAAGCACUGCCCCGCACGCGUGGAAUUGUUGCAUGGCCAAGCAGUCGUCGGACGAGGUGCAGUCGUCUUGGUUAUGGAAACGAACCCACGACAGGUUCAAGUGGGGGUACGUGGCAGGCCCAGGUGGCAACACGGCGUCGCGAUAGGCAUCGUAGCGAGUUUGCAUCCCCGCUAGAGACAGACAUCGCGCUCGACCGCCACCUUGAACCACGCCUGGACAACCAAGUCGCAACGACGCACACACAAACCCGUCAGCACAGGAGCAAUCCAAAUCGUCGCAGAAAAGAUCGUCGGACUGAAUCAACCCUUGAGCGUCGCACACUGGGACGAUGGACGCGGAGUUGCCACACGACACGGACUGGUAGGCACAGCUAGGACACUCGGCGAGGACUGUAGAUGAUAUCCAUAGGAAUGCCCCAACGAUAACUCUUCCAACGUGCAUGAUCGUGUAGUCCUGCCACUGCCACAGCGAC